UUUUGUAUUUGAAAUAAACUGUAGGGACUGCCGGUGUUUGGAGGAUUAGAGCACUGAUUGAUGCUGGUGGAUGGAAAGAUAGAACCACAGUAGAGGACAUGGACCUUGCAGUUAGGGCUAGCCUCAAGGGAUGGAAAUUCCUAUUUGUUGGAGAUCUAGAAGUGAGUUUUGAAUUCUUCGCUUAAAUUUAAUAAUUACUGUUACGAGAUAAAACUUCAGCAACUCAAACACAAUCCCCUUAUUUCAGGUCAAAAAUGAACUACCGAGCACAUUUAAGGCAUACAGAUAUCAACAGCAUCGCUGGUCAUGUGGACCUGCUAAUCUCUUCAGGAAAAUGUUCAAGGAAAUCAUUCUUUGCGAGGUAAUAAAUCUAGGAUUUUGUUCGAGGUAAUUAUGAAAACUAACAUGGUUUGUUCUUAUCUAAUGCAGCGUGUGUCAAUCUGGAAGAAAUGGCAUGUAAUUUAUGCAUUUUUCUUUGUAAGGAAAAUAAUAGCCCACUGGGUUACCUUUUUCUUUUACUGCAUCAUAAUCCCAGCCACGAUCCUAGUUCCUGAAGUCGAUCUCCCACGACCGCUCGCCAUUUAUCUCCCAGCAUGCAUUACUAUUCUGAACGCAGCUUCCACUUUCAGGCUUUAUCACAGGUCUAUGCAUCUUCUCGUGUUUUGGAUACUGUUUGAGAAUGUUAUGUCUCUUCAUAGAUCAAAGGCAGCAAUAAUAGGACUCCUUGAAGCCAACCGAGUUAACGAAUGGGUUGUGACUGAAAAGCUUGGGAACACAAUGAAGCAAAAGUACAAUGCAAAAACAUUCAAGAGACCACGAUCGCGAAUCACAGAAAGGAUUCACAUCUUGGAGAUCGUAGUAGGAAUGUACUUGCUGCAUUGUGCGAUAUACAAUAUGCUAUAUGGCCACAACCACUUCUUUAUUUACCUACUACUACAAGCGGGGGCGUUCUUCAUCAUCGGAGUUGGGUAUAUUGGGACAUUUGUACCCAAUUAAGAUGACCUAGUGAAACCUAUGGGCUCUAAUGUCUACUUGAUAUAUACGUAUAGGUGGUCGGAGUUCUCUAAUUUUUUUAUUUUUGUUAAUGUAUAAAUGUUAAAUAAGGCCAUGGUGUAAUUAAAAUAAAUGUUGUUAACCACAAGUAAGCUCCAUAUACAUGUGGCUUUGUUAAACAACUAACAAGUAAUGUUUAAGUGGUUAAAUUUAAGUUAGUUAUCCUAUAUAUGACAUUCUUGACUCCCCAAGAACUAGUCCCAAGCAUGUGGUUCAACAAUGACCCUGAAAUAUAGAACUGAAUCCACAAAUCCCGU